CAUAACGAAAAGCCGCACCGAAGCGUAAAUAAGAAAAGUGCUUGCGAGGGAAAGUAAUUUCGUGUUUAAAGUUGUUAUUGUUUAAAGCAUGGCUAAUUUUGUCGAUCUAGAAAUUUUUGCCAAAUACCAGAAGUAUAUGGAAAAUGAACAGGAAAUUCGUGAGAAUAUCAAAAUAAAAGUGCGAGAAAUUGAGCAAUUGGCAAAGGAAUCAACAAUUCAACUUCAAGUCAUUCAUUCUGACUUAUCAAAUAUUGACAAUGCGUGUAAGGAAGCCCGUAAACAGAUAUCUGCUUGUUCUAACAUCUAUAAGCAAUUAGCUGAACUAGUUCCCAUGGGACAGUAUUAUAGAUACUCGGAUCAUUGGACAUUUAUAACACAACGUCUAGUUUUUCUGAUUGCAAUGGUUGUUUAUUUAGAAGCGGGUUUUUUAGUAAAUCGUGAAACUGUAGCGGAAAUGUUGGGCUUGAAAACUAAUCAGGCGCAUGGCUUUCACCUGGAUAUAGAGGAUUAUUUAAUGGGAAUUUUACAAAUGGCAUCUGAACUAUCUCGUUUCGCAACCAACUCGGUAACUAUGGGUGACUAUGACCGGCCUCUUAACAUUUCUCACUUCAUGGCGAAUUUAAAUUCUGGCUUUCGUCUACUUAAUUUAAAAAAUGAUGGUUUGCGAAAGAGAUUUGAUGCCUUGAAAUACGAUGUGAAAAAAAUUGAAGAAGUGGUUUAUGAUAUUACCAUACGCGGACUGCGCAACAAUGCUACACAAGGUGGGGGAGAAGAGUCAAGCUCAAAGUAAGUGCGCACCGGGGAAGUGUCAAAUAAUUAAGAAAAUUAUGUUAUGCUUCAUGUCUUGUAAAAAUUAAAAUUUAGCAAGCAGUUCAGUAUAGAAUAUGUAACUUAAUGUUUUAGUCAUUAAUAUAAUUAACGAGUAGCUCUAUCUCAUGUUCUCGGAAAUAUUACAAAUUUAAAAUCGGAAUCAAACGCUGAUAUGGUAAAUUUGUGACGAAAAGAUGAUUUGAAAUUCCACAUAUUAACCUUUUACAAUACAUUAUUAAUAAUAUUUGUGUUUACGACUAAUUUAACUUAAGGAUGAAUAAUUUUAAACUCGGAAAAUGAGAGCGUAAUAAUAAUAAUUUAUAUUUACGAAGUAUUUAACAGAAAAUGUAAUUCCAAAUCUUUAACAAACUGCAAACAUUUUCAUAUGAGCUUUUAAUAAAAUGAUUUAUACAGAAUUUA